GGUGAUCAAGGACCACCUGGUGAUAGGGGAAGUACAGGAGUAGUUGGACAGGAUGGUGCUGAUGGACCACCUGGCCCUGCUGGUAGUCCAGGUGCUCGAGGACCUCCUGGCCCGCCUGGACCUCCUGGUAACCCUGUGAUCACUAUCAUUGGUGUCCCUGGAUCACCGGGAAGGCCCGGAAGCAAAGGACCUCCUGGAAGAGAUGGUCCACCAGGUCUCCCUGGAGAAAUUGGUUCACCCGGGCCUCAGGGAAUAAGAGGAUUAGAGGGAAACCCUGGACCUCCUGGUAACACUGGUGAGCGAGGUCGUGAUGGACAGAAUGGAACAAGAGGCCCACCAGGAUUAAGAGGUCCGCCUGGACUUCCAGGAACCCUGGUUAGUGACACUUUAAAUUUCAGUGAUGGUUUAAUCUUAUGUUGUACUAUUGUAACAAAUUUGAUAUUGACCAGUACAUGA